UGGCCUCGCGUUUUCUGGUCUGACCACGUGAUCAAAGAGGACCCCGGAAGUGUGUGCAGAGUGAACAUCAGCAGCAGUAACCGCGGCUGUCAUCGCUAGAACCGUCAGGUCAUCGUCGCUCGUGUGUCCAGCAUGCCCGCCCCUCAGUCCAGGGUCGCUGCCGUCAGCACCAGUGCCAAUGCAGGUCUGGAGGGCUUCAAGGCUCAUGCAGUGUUCCAGGAGAUCCAGAAGAAACUGCAGGAGGAGGGGGAGCAGUUUGUCAAGAAGAUCGGAGGAGUGUUUGCCUUCAAAGUGAAGGACGGGCCAGAUGGUCAGGAGGCCACCUGGUACGUGGAUGUGAAGAACGGCAAGGGCAAUGUGCACAACAACACAGCAGAGAAAGCUGACUGCACCAUUGCCAUGUCCGACGCUGACCUGCUGGCCCUGCUCACCGGUCAGAUGAACCCUCAGACGGCGUUCUUCCAGGGCAAACUCAAGAUCACAGGAAACAUGGGAUUGGCCAUGAAGCUCCAGACUCUCCAGCUGCAGCCGGGACGAGCCAAGCUGUGACUGAUGCACUCCCCUUAGCCCACACUGACUCCAUCCGGCCCACCCAGCGCAACUCUGUAGCCUGGGACAGUGCACAGAAAUGGAGUGUGUAAAAUUGAGUCUCAGUAACAUGUCUGUGUAAAAUUCUAAUCUAAAGGAGAUCAGGAUGGGAGCUUUAUUGCUGCCCUGUGCACUCAGCUGGACAUAUGACAAGGCCAUCAUUUGGAUUUCAGGUUAUUUUAAAUUUUAAUUUUAUGAAAAAGGUGCACUACGUAACUUUUCUGGGAGAGGAUCGAACACAUGCUUGUCUCCAUGGAGAUGCUUUUGCUCUGCCUGCAAUGUUCCACAGUGUAGCUUAAACAUUUCUAUCCCCAUGGAGACAAGCAGGUGAUGUCAACACAGGAAAUUAUUGGUGAGAUCUGUGGAGAGGUGAUCCCCAGCAAGAAUGCAUGCACUUUCAAGUAUUUCCUUAGCAAUAAAAACAGCUGUUAUUGAAUAAACACAAGAUAGAUAAGUUUGAUGCCAUCCGCUCCAGGCUAAGCAAUAAAUGGUGAAUAACAAUGUGGUGAUUAAUAUAUGGAUACAGCAGCACAUGAUGACUAUAUUUUGUGACAGUCAUGUUACAAUGUAGUUUGACACAUUGUUUGAUGAUGGGUGUAUUUUAGAUUAUGUUUCUGCAGGUAAUGGUUUAACAAAGAAAAAGCCUACUGUUGUUAAAAGUUCUUUUUUUUUAUUUUUUUUUGAAACUAGUGAUAUAUCAUUAUCAUGCAGUAUCAUCCUCUGUGUUGAUUGUUGCAUGUAUUGUGAUCCAUGUAUCAAAUGGUGAGGGACCAUGUGAUUCUGAGCCUUACAGUGGCAGAGUCUCCACCAGAAAAGUUAAGUCCCGUUUCCACCAGCCUCAGUGUCUGGUCAUUGACUGGCCAUGGAUACAGCACAAGAGUAAUGUAAAUGUUUUUUUCCCAUAGACUUUUUGAAAAAUUCAGAUAUUAAGAGGUCAAAGGCACUGUGGAGACUAACCAGCUAUUUGCUAACAUGAUGCGGUUGUUUUAAGUCCAAAAGGCACAUUUACUUCUUUUUUUCCCCAGAAAGUCUGUGGGAAAAAUGAAUGAGAACUUUAUUUGCAGAAUCAGGGUAGGCGGUUAUUGUUUAGCUCCAUGGAAACACAACUAGGCCACACAGGGCUGAUGAAAACGGGCCAUUGCAUAGUGCACCUGAAACACUUAGUAGAGGAAAUAUGAACUGUCAAGAUCAUGUGCCAGGACUUGGCUAUAAAAGUCUACACUACAGACUAAAUGAGCCACACUGGACAAAUAACCACUGGACAUCUUCUGCUUGCAUCAAUUUGAUCUGAAAUCUCCUUCUGAAACCUUUUGUGUCCAGUGCUCAUGAGAUUUGACUUGAAUUGCCGUGUGUGUGUGUGUGUGUGUGUGUGCUCUGAGUUCAGGUGUGAAGGCAGUCUUUCCGUCUUCUGUCCACUUUGAUACUUGCUUCCAAAAGUAAUGUGGGGCCAAACCCUGUAUAUACAAUGUUCAAAUGAGAGGAGCCACACUGCUACACUAUGCGACUGACUGAAUACUUUGCAAAGCUGUCUCAUGUCCACACACUGUUUUUUAACGUGCUAGUUCCACCUCUCUGUAUGACUAAUGUGAUGUGUUUCCUUGUGAGUGCGGAUAGAUUUGCAGGUCGUUUCUCCUACAGAAGUGCCUCUGUUGGUUUUGUAACUGCUGCAGCUCAUGUUGUAAAUUCUGCCAUCAUUUCACAAGUAAUUUCUACUAAAUAAAAUGUUUUCUGAUCAGUA